GAGCCUAAAUUAAAAGCAGGUGCCAAGGGGAAGCAGUCACCAGUCAGUACUCUCCUUCUCGAAGCCUCUUCGUCGUUGCGAGAGCUUGGAGCAGGCGGAGAUGGCGGAGAUUGCCCUCAGUUUGGUGAUGCGCUUGGUUCAGGAGAUCUCCGCGCGCUUGCUCCUCGAUGCCUCCGUGCUGGCGGAGAAGGACGCCGCCUUGCUGCGGAGCGUGCCGGGGAACAUCAGGUACAUAAAGGAUGAGCUGGAAACAAUUGGAGCAUUCCUUGGUGUUGUUGAAGAUUUGCAAGAGGGUUACCCAAAAUAUCAAAUGGUGAAACCUUGGGCAGAGCAAGUGAAAGAUUUGGUAUAUGACAUAGAGGACUGCCUCGAGGAACAUAGCAUUGCCCGCACCCAUAAUUCAAGUUGGUCAAAGAGGAUACUCAGUAAUAACAAUGCUCUCCGUCAGUUUGCUGCCAAGUUAAGCUAUGUUAGGUCCAGGAUUGUUGAGGUGAGUGAGAGAAAUAGGCGCUAUGAUCUUGUUGCUCCCUAUGAAUCUACCUCUAGUUAUAUGACUAUUACGGUGGUGCUGGACCAUAUGCGGUCUCGCUUCUUGAAAGGAACUACUCAAAAUGAUACCUCUGGUGAUCCGAAGAAAGAGGUGGAUUCAUGGGCAUCUGCAUCACCCAAAGAAACCAGCAGAGGAGCUCCCAAAGUGGCUGCAAUAGCGGGCAUGUGUGGAUCAGGCAAGACUAAUCUUGCUCAUGAGAUAUAUAAUGAGAAAUGUCAUCAUUUUUCUUGCCAUGCAUGGAUUGAAUUAUCUCAGAAUGUGAAUGUCACAAAAGUUUUCAGGGAUAUGAUUGUGCAGCUCUCUCUUGAUUCUUCAAGCCAAACUGGAUAUAUUGGGGAGGAAGAGCAGCUAGCCCAUCAUAUUCAAGAAAAGCUAAAAGACAAACUGUUCUUCAUUGUUUUUGAUGGUUUAUGGACAUUGCGCGCAUGGGAUCGCAUCAAAAGGGCACUGCCUGAUAUUAGCAGAAGUGGAAGUAUGAUCAUCGUGACAACGGAAAUCCUUCAUGUUGCAGAGGACUGCACAAAGUCAGCUAAUCAUGUUUAUUUCGUUCCGCUAUUACCAGAAUGGAAAUCAUUGGAGUUUUUAAAAGAUUUGUUUCUUAAAUCAGAAAAUGGAGAGAUGAGUCCCGAAGACAAAGAAGACUUUCAAGAUCUGGACCUAGACAGCCUUAAGGUACCUGAACCACCGUUUGAAACAAUUGCAAAAGUACUGCAGAAAUGUGGGGGGCUCAAAUUAGCCAUAAAAACUGUUGCACAAUUACUUACCUCAGAGCCCCCGCAUAAAUGGGGACAACUAUGUGAGCAUCUUCCUUCGUUGCUCUACAAUGACCCAAGGCUCAAAAAGAUAAAGAGAGUGAUGACUCGGAGCUACAAAUGUUUACCACCUUAUCUUAAGCCAUGCUUCUUAUACCUCAGUAUAUUCCCAGAAGAUUCCAACAUCAAUGUGGCAACUGUUCUGCGCCGAUGGGUGGCUGAAGGCCUUGUGAGGGAGAUGACUGGGAUGAGUCCUGAGGCUGUUGCGGUAAGGUAUUUGUUUGAGCUCUUUGAUCGAAACCUGAUAAAGGCGACCAAAUUAACAAGGAAUAGAUCAUGUAAAACAUGCUGGAUCCAUCCUAUGAUGCGAGAUAUCCUGGUCAUGAUUGCACAAGAGGAGAAAUUCUCGACUACAGUUGGAAAAAAUAUAAGUACCAUUCUUCCAGCAAAGCGGUUUCGCCAUGUAACACUGGAUGGUCGGAAUGACAGGGCGUUAAUUAAAUCUGUGGAUAUUUCGGGCAUUAGGUCGUUGACAGUGUUUAGUGAACCUUCGGAAUCGAUUGCUUCACUUAUUUGCUCCUUGAAGACGGUGCGAGUUUUAGAUUUCUCAAAUGCCAGCUUUCCAAUUACUCAGCAAGACAUACAUCACAUUGGAGAAUUGUGUCAUUUAAGGUACUUGAAUCUUUCCGAGUCAAGUAUUUGUGAACUUCCUUCUUCAAUUGGUAUGCUACCAUUUCUACAAUUGCUAAACGUGAGGAAGACGCAGAUCAGAAGCCUUCCUAGCGAGAUCACUCGACUUGAGAGGCUGCAGAUCCUCAGUGCUAGUAGAAAAAUUGAGUACUCUUGUCACUACAGAAACAGACACUGCUCUUGUAAUUCAGAAGGUGUAACUGUACCUAAAGGUAUCGAAAACCUUGAGAACAUAGAAGGGUUAGAAGUUCUGGAUGUUAAGGGCAGCACUCACUCGACGGUCAAAGAUUUGGGGAAGUUAACUCGGUUGAAAUACCUGGGAUUGACUGGCCUUACAAAGAAGAACAGUGAAGAAGUCUCUGAUGCCCUGAGAAAGCUCUCCCCUUCGUUGAUAUAUCUUUAUCUUGCAGCAUGUCGGAAAAAUGGAACACUCUGCUGCCUGCCCACGGACAAGGGAUCACUGGAGUUCCCACGCCUCGAAACCAUAAAGCUGGAUGGCCAUAUAGGGACAAUGCCAGAAUGGAUUUCUCAUUCGUUGACACUUUCAGUGGUAAAACUACACAGAACUAGGCUCCAGCAGAAUAAUAUGAGGACCCUGGAGGGAAUGCACAGCUUGAUUACUCUUGCUCUUCUAGAUAGUUCCUAUGUCGACGAGGAGCUUGUGUUUUACUCAGGAACAUUUAGAGGGCUCCAGCGGCUGGAGCUUGUAGGAUUACCCAACUUGGAAGCUGUAAGGUUUCAGGAGAAAGCAGUACAACGUCUUCAAGAAAUAAGCAUCCAGUCCUGUAGAUUAAGUUUAUUCGGCCAAAGGAACCUAAACAGACUCUGGGAUGUCUUUUUUGAUAUCGGUGUUGUGGUGGUGGACUGAAAAGAGGAACACAUUAUCACUUCCUACUGAUACCAUUCCAGCUUGCAAAUGAUGAGAUUUGGGAAUAACAGCAUUCUAUGGCAAAAUGACUGAUGUGUUGGCUAAGCUCUGAACUUCCCUAAAUUUAGAAUGGCCAUAGUUAAUGGCUACGGCCUGUUAUCACUUUCUGCUUACUUGUUUAUUUUUUAUGCCCAUUCUUUUUAGAAAAGAUUAGUGAUACCAUGGUUCACUACGACAGAGUUGUGCUUGUUUGUUUCAAAAUGUAGUGAAGACAUUAUAUUUGCACUUUUACUAUCGAGUUCAAUUUAAAAACAUAUGUAGAUAAAUAUCA